UUAAGUUAGUUGAAAAUAGUUUUCAAUAAUUUUACUCAAUAAUAACAUAAUACCUAAGAAAACUUAAUACGAAUUUAUAAAUAAUGCCGAUAAAAAACGAAAUAUUACAAGCCUUUGAGGAUCACAAAGAAUAUUUAAGCUGUUCGAAUGUUAAAAUUGUGCCCUAUGGCAUGAGAUGUAAAUAUGUAACAUCCACCAAGACAUGUGUUAAUAUGGGCAAUUUAAUUAAUUAUUUGAUAUUCAUUGAAUGCGGUUUGGGUGUCCAAAAUAGUACACAAGAAUUGUUGGCAAUUAUCGCUUUGUCAUUGCUUUGUGUUGUCUAUUUACUGAUCGUAGCCAUAGUGGCUGAUAAAUAUUUCAGUCCUGCUUUGAAAUCAAUUGCCAAAAGUCUGCGAAUGAAUGAGCAUACAACUGGAGUGACUUUACUUGCCUUUGGCAAUACCAUUUCAGAUUUAUCUUCCAAUUUGAGUAGUAACUCUCAGUCUUUGAUCUUUACAAGCAGCUUGGCAUCUGCUUUAUUUGCCAUGUUGGUCACUGGUGGACUCAUUUGCUAUCUAUAUCCUUCGCAGUUGGCUAAAUAUAGCACUUUACGUGAUAUCUUAUUCUUCAUAUUUGGCAUUAUGCUGGUCGAGUAUUUAUUUGCCACUGAAACAGAGGUGUCGGUCUGGACUUCGAUUGGAAUAUUAUCGAUUUAUUUUGUCUAUCUUGGCAUAACCAUAGCCGAUGGUUAUCUACAACGAGAUGAUGAUAAUAAGACGCUGGUCAUUUUGAAUACUAAAUCCCAUUUCACUCGUUUAUCUCAACGCUCCUCAUCGAAUACCAAGUCUUUGAAUAACAAGUCAAAGUCGAAUGUUCGUCUAUUGCCGCGUAGAUCUCUAAUGGCCACCACAUCGCGGAUGACCCAGACGAGUGUCAAUGAGACAGCCACUCGCACGGCGGACUACAAAGUGGAUAAUCCAAAGAAUUUGAACUUGGUCGAUGAUUUUUUUUUGGCCAUUCAGCCCAUCGAUGAGGAAGUGUGGGUGAAUUCGAAUGGUCCAUUGCGUAUAUUUCUAAUUCUUGUAUCUCCAUUGGUCUUGAUAUGUCAACUUCUGAUCCCGGUUUUCAAUGUAGAGCACGCUCGUCAUGGCUGGUCCAAGUUGCUAAAUUGUAUACAUAUUGUGAUUGCUCCAUUAUUUCCAACCAUGGCACUCUUUAUAAAAUAUACACCUUGGCAAGCAUUGAUGGUUUUAAUAACAGUGCCAUUAGCCCUUUUGGCAUUUUUUCGCUCACGCACAGAUGUUCCACCACGUUUUCAUGUCAUAUAUCUUUUUGUGGGCGGUUUUGGUUCCAUGUUCAUGAUCUAUCAUUGCACUAUUGAGAUGACUGAGGCCAUGAAAGUGGUGGGAAUGUUUUUGGGUUUAUCGGAAGGUUUUAUAGCUGCCACAAUAUCCUGUUGGGGCACUUCAUUGAGCACUUUGGUGACGAAUCUAACAUUGGCUGCUCAUGGUUAUUCCGCCAUGGCAUUUGCUGCCUGCUAUGGUGGUCCUUUCUUUUCUUUCAUUAUAUCCACGGGUCUAUCGAUGACUUUGCAUAGCAUGCAAUUGCGUGAGGAGAAUAUGGAGAAGACAUCCUUUGGCGCGAAUGCCUAUGUCUUUCUCAUUGGCACAUUGACAAGCACAUUGAUCUGGUCAUUAUCCUAUGAUUUUUAUGGUCGUCGAUCGAUUGAGCAAUCCACAAUUUCAUCACAAUUUUGAAUUUACAAUCUAGAGCGGAAUUGCUUAUGGAAAAGUCAUUAUCUCUGUGGUUUGUCUAGCUACGACGUGUCUUUUACCUUACUGAAAUGUAUAACGAACGAUUGGAAACAUUUCCGGCCAUAACAGACCAUAAAACCGCGCCCAGGCAAUGGCUUGGCCUGGCUCAGCUGGUACAUAGGUAGCAAGGAAUCACAAAACAGAUGACCCCGUGUUAGAAGAGAGAGAGAAAGAAACCCCCCUUUUGCUACCGCAUGACCUCGCCCCUUUUUGACCAACAAAGCGAAAAACUCGCAUGAUUUUCAGUUGGUAUAACAAACUGCUCUGAGAAACAGAGAACUACAAGAGAAAGAGAAAUAUCAAGAGAGAGAGGUCAGAGAGAGAGAGAGAGCGAAAAUCAAAACGAGUUUGCGCAAAUACAACAAUUACAAUGGAAAUUACACGUGCAAAUCUGAAGACAGAAGAAGAAGAAAAAGAUAGGGAACAUGUGAGUGGGUGACAACGGGCUUCUUAAUACCCUAUACACACACAUAGCCUAAGGAAUUUAGUGGUACUACAUGGACUAAGAAGUUAAAGGAACUUAUAAUUAGUCGAUACUUCUCAAUAAAUUAAAAAUGUUUCUAUAAAUAAAUCAUUCCUUUUCAAUUUUGAA